AUGUGUGGCGGAGCCCGCUUUAAUCUCUCCUGGAACAACACGAGCCACGCGGGAGGCGCGGCACAGGGUAGCGGAGACCAGCUAUUCCAAAAUCAGCCACAGGUAUUUUCUUACCGAUCAAUUUUCUAUUAACGGUUCUUUGCUCCUAUAAUUGGAUCAACACCAUCUCUGCUAGUACAUUAUAUUUGUCAAUGUCAUACUCACUUAGAAAUGUUUGAUCAUGCUUAAGCUUACAUAAUGAUCCAAGCAAGGAACCGAAAAUAUCUGAUGUUUGAAGAUUUUAUGAAGGUAGCAGACUACUACCACAACUUCUGUGACCAUUUAUAUUCUUAUCUUCACAAUCCAACGAUCUUAUCACAUAUUCAUAUUUAUAACAGAAACUGCUUCACGAGUUCAAGUUUGUGAAUACGAAUCCGGAUGGGACUAUGCAUCCGAAUAGUGUUCGCGCGGGUGACACUGGGGCUUUCACUGUGAGUGGAUACCGCAAUACGCAAUUAAGGCAUUGGGAAAAAAAUCGUCCUGUGCUUUUGCUGGCUAUUUUCCCGGAGGACGAGCUGGACAUGAGCAGCGACAAGUGUAUGUUGUACUACUGUCCGGCCCCGAUGAACGAGCGCAUCAAGGGUAGCAUCUCCUAUUCGGUGCUCAAUUUCCAGGUGAUUGAGCGGCACAAUAAACGCCACCUGCGCUUCUACUUGAAUACGGCGCAGGAAGGCUACGUGGAUCCGGCUAUCGAUG